AUGGCCGCUGAACCUCCUCCAGAAGAACCUCCCCCAAAUUAUCGGUCUGAGGCCCACGAUAUCUACUUGGGUAAAAACCGCCGGCUUGCCGAUCCAGUCUUCUUCCCAGCCUCUAUGCGUACGAAGCAUGAAAUGAGGACAAUAGAGGAGGAGCUUGCCCGCGAAAUGGAAGAGGAGCCCGAUGGACCUCGAGAGUUCACAAAAGAUGUCAUGGUCCUCUGGGGUUGGGGUAUAUGCACGCGAUGGCCCCCAGGCGGCCCAGUUCCACGUCUCCAAGACUACGAAAAGUCCAUGAAUGCAAUGACUGCUGACAUAUACAAGAAUUGGAAAGAAAUCCAGUCUUUAGUCAGAAAUCAUGAGGAUGCCAUCCGCGACUGGAUCCUCCGCUUCUCUCUAGGUAUAGAGAAACAAGAGACUCGAGAUACCAACAUAUUGUAUGCUGGCAUACAACAAAGUUGGAAACGCACUGUCAAGACAUUCAACGACUGUGCCGACGACAUCAAGAUGUUUAUGAAGUCUGACUCUAUCGAAUCCGAUUUUGAGAUUGACGUUCCUAACUAUCCUGAUCCGGAAGAUGGCCGAGAUCACUAUGUUGCCCAUUAUUCCCAUCGUUACAACUUUUUCAACGACCAACCAGAUGAAGAGGAGCCUGAGCGGUGCGAAUGCCCCUUGCUACCAAACCGCAUGGUCAGCUUUGACGUCUCCGGAUCUGGUUCUGAAAAGGGGUAUCGUCCAAAACUGUGGAAAGGGUGGGCUAGUCGUCCGAAUGCUGAAAUUUCGGGUGAGAGCAAGGAAGAAUAUGAUCGUCUUUGGCACCAAGGCCAGUUGUUUGGAGCAUCCGAAGCUUGGAUCAUGCUCCAAAGUCAGCGAGCUAAUUAUCACUACCUUAGGCACCUCCUUGGAUUUAUCUGCUGCGAGGCAAAGCUCCCCAUCACGACGCCCAAAACACCAGGAGAACAAGAACGCAAAUUUCGCAGUUCAAGAGCCUCAAUCGAAGUCAUCAAACAGAGGGCUUUGGCCAAUUGGUUCGAUUUUACUAAGCAGCAGGCUUUCCUCCCUCCGCCGAUACAAAUUUCCCCAAGAUACUUGCAAGAUCUCGAAUUUAAGAUGGAAGUCGCUGACAAACAUAUCCAGGCGCUCUCCAGCGACCCAGAGUAUUUCUUUGGUUGUAUUCAUACACUCAAAGAGCACCAUUGGGCAAAUAUCGAGAUACAGGGGGACGAGACAAAGGCCAAUGAACGUAGCCCUGCUUCCAUAUACGUGGAGAAAUACGUGGAGGAGGAUUACCGGCAUAUUCUCUAUUUUGAUCUCAUAAGGGGUGUGCUGAGGCGAUCAGUCUUCGAAUUCCACAUGUGGCACUCCAUCUACAUCCGCAUUCGGGAAUUCCAAGUCACGAUGAGAAAAUCGUUUGAAGACUACGGCAAAGAAGACGAGUCUGAUACAGACGGAACCAAAAUGCUCCAGCGGCCUCCAAUUUUUCUCUCUGACAAGGCGAAACGGGAUCACGCCGUACUGGCAGAACAAUACCUGUCUCUGGUCGUUUUACUGCGGUAUGAUGCCGUCUUUUUCAUCAACGAGUUUCGCAAGAAAGCUAUUCAUGCUGGCGAUCAUACAGGGUUUGAAGUAGCUACUGUCGAUCCACCCCAGGAGGAAACUCAAAGCCGCCAAAAUACCAUAGAAAAGAGGCACUAUAGAGGGCGGAGUCUGCACUGUUGGCCGAAAUUCAGGAAUCAAUGGCUCCGCGUUGACGAAUACUCAGCAGAUGAGAUUCUUCGAAUGUUCUUCUUCAACAGCAUGGACAACUUCAUAUCCGAUGCUUUGAACUGCACAAACUGCGGAAUCACAGAGGCGGCAGGCUAUCUCCAAGCAAUGUCCCGGGCCCACGAUCCGGACAGCACAAAACACAUCUUCACAGACUUAAUGGACGACACAAUCGACAAUCUCAAUCUGCUGUCCUCGCUUGCUGACCACCUGGAGUGUUUGUGGCCCGCCAUGGACAAAGUCGGCGGCGCAGCCGUGAGGGAGAGCGUCCGCCGAGAGUAUUAUGACUUGGGCUGCAAAGAUAUUUCCAUCAACUUUUUCGAUUUUGACGAUUUUGACUUUGAAAAGAAAAUGCCUGUGAAGCGCUUGAAAAGACUUUUUCUCUUCUUCGAUGAACUUCAGGGCUUCAAGGACGAAUCAAUCUCGAUAGGGCAUGCCAAAGGCGAUCUCAAGAGGUUUGGGGCCUCGCUGCUCUGUAAGUUCAUAUACCCCCUGAACGACGAAGGGGAGGACUUCAAGGCCAACCAAGAAGCAAUCUCCAGACUCGAAAAGGCAAUGGGCGUAUCUGGAUCCGACUACGUUUUCAGCGUAAAAGAAACGCCCAUCAACCUGGAUGAAAAGAUUUCAGGCAAGGGAGCAAAAGUUCAGCUCGUGAGUCAGCCGCUGGACUAUCGCAACGUCGCGGCUCGUGAGAGGGAGCGCCAACAGCAAAGAGAUGCCUUCAACGAAGCGUUACGGGCGAACAGGGAUACUAUGGCGGAGAUGUGCAGGUUCAAUCCGCGAUGGGCGACGUCACUUCAUUCUGCUCUCGAACAAUUCCAGAUCCCGCCUGCUCUGGUAGACCCUCUGGUCGAGGCUCUAUCCAACGUUUCUCUCCAGCCAAUCCCCAAUGCUCCCGACGGCCAACCCAAAGGUGUUAUUAAAAAACGCGACUGGGCCACUCUAGAAGCAGUCUACAACGUUCACGGCAGCGCAAAUGCAGCCGUGUCCUACGCUCAACUCAAGCUUGCGAUGGUGGCAUUGGGAUAUAAAGAGGAUCCUAGCGGGGGGAGCCACAUGAGAUUCGUCAGACAGAACGGUAGGUGGCCGCAUGAUGUGCUGCCAAAGGGUGAGAACGUUAUUAUUGCGCGAACACACCGGGGGGAGCAUGCUGCGGCGGCCAAGGGGAAGGCAAUGGAUUGGGGAAGAAGAUUCUGUGAGAGAGGUUUGACUUUUGACUUUAUUCAGCAGUGGUAUGUGAAGGGGUGA